UUUACUUUCCCACACUCCCUCACUUUGCCCUCUCUUUUUUUAUUCUUGUUAUUUUGUUAUUUUGUUAUUUUGUUUUUAUAAUAUCUGUCUCAAUGAACGCAUCUCCACAGCUGAUCUCUCGAGGUUGGUAUAUGAACAACCUGGGAGCACAUUCAUCACAUUCAUCACAUUCAUCACAUUCAUCACAUUCAUCACAUUCAUCACAUUCAUCACAUUCAUCACAUUCAUAUCACAUUCAUAUCACAUUCAUAUCACAUUCAUAUCACAUCAUGUUUAGCAAUGCUAAUGUCUUUUUCUUCUUCUUCUCUUUUUAGGGUCAACAGGUCUUGUCACAAAGUCAUUGCAUGGCCAAAAGUGCCUGUCCAUUUCAAAUGCUGUCCUUGCUCGUUCAAAAUACACGACUGCUACUACAAAUAGUUACAAAAGUAGGAGUGACAGCAGCGUUCAUCCUUCUUUAGGAUGCACAGGACAGGAAGAUUCAACCAUGAUCCAUCUCAGGAACCAAUCUCAUUCACAGCGUCAAAAUUCAUCCCUCUUCUCCUGCUUAUCCUUAUCCUCGUCCUCAUCCGCGUCCUUGUCCUCUAUGGGAAACAGUCCAUUUCUCUCUACUCAAAAACAUCAGUAUACCCAGCUGUUCAGGAAGCCCAAUGGUCUGUUAUCGCCACCGCAGUUAUCAUCAUCAUUAAUCUUUCGUCGCUCAAUCAUUACGAACCAUCACUUUAAUACGAACAAGAUUGUUUCCAAACUUGAAUCAAAUGGAUUCCAACGUGGACAAGCUGAGGGUAUCAUGCGGGUCAUCAAAGCAUUCAUUGGACAACAUACAAACAAGGUCAGGAAAAACAUGUUGACGAGGAGUGAUCUGGAGAAUGAGACGUACUUGUUCAAGGCAGCGUUGACAGAACUCCGGACAGAGCUCCAGAUUUUGCGAAAGAACGAUGCAGCGGCCUUGGCAAUCCGGAGUGAAAUCAUUUCUCGAGAGAUCGAUUCCUUGAAUCAAAAGUUGAGGGAGGACAUUGCGAAUGUGAAGAACGAUAUUGCGAUCGAUAUGAACUCUCGGAAGAGUGAUGUGCGUGAAGAACAGAAGCAACUCGAGAUUCGGAUCCAGUCAAUGAGUAAUCAUUAUAUGGCCCAAUUGGGGGAUAUGAGGACUCGAAUGGAGGCAGCCAAAUGGGAAGCGACCCGUAAAGGCAUGGUGACUAUUUUCAUAUCAGCUUCGUUUGUGCUGUUGAUGAGCAGGAUGUUUAUGAAGGAUGAAAAGGUGCCGGAUGAUUAUAUUGAUCCGUAUGUGAACCACUCGAAUGCUCAGAACAGCACGGAUGGCAUGGUCCCUGAUUCGUUUGUAGUUUCUCACAGGACAUGAGACAUGGACAUUUGUUAAAGAUAAUUCAUGGAGAUAGACAGACAAGUGCACAAGAAAAGGAGCAAACCAAAAUAAAUGCGAACGGACCACUUGAAAAG